AGUUUUCAGAAUCUCCGUUGUCUUUUGCAUUCCUAAUUUCCUAUCCAUUUCGGUCGCAGAUCGUCGUUCUAGGGUUUCGUUCUUGUAUUAAUUUUGAAGCUCUGUGUGGAUUUGUUUCGCCAUUGAUUUCAGUUUUUCACUAUCGGUGAAGGGGAAACGAGAGGAAGAAUUUGAUGGUGCAGUUGAUGAAAUCUGGGAAUCGCUCUCUGGAGCCGGAUAUGGCGUCGCUUUGGGACAAGGUGCCGGUUAAGCUGGAGAUCGAGGACUCUCUUGAAGAGGAGCAUGGUCCUCUCUCCAAGCGAUCGAAAACGGCGACGUCGUUUUCACCGAGUGAUGGUACCGAUGAUUUUCCUGUGCCGCCUGCUCAAUACAAUCCUCUUGAUGAGCCUAGCCCUCUUGGUUUGCGGUUGAGGAAGAGCCCUUCACUGUUGGAUCUAAUUCAAAUGAAGCUUUCUCAAUCAACUGCUGCUUCAACUGAUGUGGCGGAAUGUGAAAGCUUUAACUCUUCAAUGAAAACGGAGAAUAAUUGCACUUCUAUUCAGAGCUCUACUGACAAGCUGAAAGCUUCAAACUUUCCUGCAUCGCUUCUACAAAUUGGUGGUUGGGAGUAUAAAUCAAGAUAUGAAGGUGAUUUGGUGGCAAAAUGUUACUUUGCUAAGCAUAAGCUUGUAUGGGAAAUUCUUGAAGGUGGGUUGAAGAGUAAAAUAGAAGUUCAGUGGUCUGAUAUUAUGGCCUUAAAGGCACACUGCCCCGAUAAUGGACCUGGUACUCUGAAUGUGGUGUUGGCUCGACAGCCUCUUUUCUUCCGGGAGAUGAACCCUCAACCAAGAAAACACACAUUAUGGCAGGCAACUGCUGACUUUACUGAUGGCCAGGCUACUAUGCACAGGCAACAUUUUCUGCAAUGUCCUCAAGGGUUGUUGAACAAACACUUCGAAAAGCUAAUCCAGUGCGAUGUGCGUCUUAACUUUUUAAGCCGGCAACCAGAGAUAGUUUUGGAUUCACCAUAUUUUGAUCGAAGGGUUUCUGUUUUUGAGGAUCCAGAACACCAAGCAGAAACUAGCAAAGGAUCAACUGUAUCUGUUCUGACAGACGGUGCCUCACCAUCUCCUCAGCAAUCAUCCUUGAAGAUAGAACAACAAGACUCUACUUGUACGACAGUGGAACAUCACUCUCAUGAAGCCCCAUCACCUUCCUCAGCCGAAGCAAGUGCAAAUUUUGAAGUUGGUAGUUCUAGAAGCUCAAGAAAUUGGGGACAAAUGAAAGUUCCUGGGCUCCACCCGUCCAUGUCGAUGAGCGAUCUCGUGAAUCAUAUUGGGCACUGCAUUACAGAGCAGAUGACAGCGGCAAAUCCAUCAUUUUCUGAUCAAGGACCAGAUUGCCAGGACAUACUAGAGGAUAUUGCACAGUAUUUACUGACAGACAACCAAUCUACAACUUCUGAUGAGAAAUCUCUCAUGAAAAGGGUCAAUUCUCUCUGUUGUCUCUUGCAGAAAGACCCAACCAAUACCACAACUCAGAAUUCACAGUUCGAUGAAGAAAGUCGUGGCGAAGCACCUGAUGACAAGAAGAGCUACACAACUGAUAACAUGUCGAAAAGCGAUGUCAAAGCUUUUGCAGAGGACGUAAAAGAUAACGCUGGCAGUAAGCAGGCAAUCGGUAUGUCUAGGAAGGAUUCAUUCAGUGAGCUGCUGUUGCAUCUUCCUCGAAUCGCAUCUAUUCCAAAGUUUUUGUUCAACAUCUCUGAGGAAGACGAUGAAAAUUAAGUAGUCUGGCUGAAAUGUUUCUGUAUAUUGUUUCAGAAAUCGGCAACAGAGGACGGUUUUGAAAGCGUUCGACAAAUUCCUCAUGGGAUUCUGAAAUAUAUAUAUUGAUGAAGAAUCCUGCAUGUGUUAUUCAUGUAUUUAGGCAUUUGAUGUAUGUCUACAGCUGUUUUAAUUCUUUCCUCUGUAAUGUUAUGAGACAGUCCCCACCUUACAUAAGUUGUAAAUUGAAUAUCCUUUGGUUAAUCAAUUCUAUUUUAGAGCUUAUACAACUUCAAA